GCCCCGAUAGGUUUGCUAGAAGUAAACAAUCUCAUAUUUUAGGUUGAUAAGUGAUAAGGGCUCAAAAGGGGCAACAGGAAUCCUCUGCCGAGAUGACGGAGGGCAGCCACUGGCUGAACUGGUGUCGCCUGUGCGCCAAGGACGACGCCCGUGGCAAUGUGAAGGUGCAAAUGAGUGGGAGCUCGCAGGGAAACUGGGAUAAUGUCCUUAUAAUGGCAAUCCGCAAGUACUUCGAGGUGCACAUGCGCCUGGAUGACGAGCUGAGCAACGUUCUGUGCACCGAGUGCUACACCCUCAUCAGCGAACUAAUCGAUUUCGCGGAGCAUGUUCAGAAGGUUCAGGCAAUUUUCGAGGUGCUGCGACGCACGGAAUCGGAGCCCGGGAAGUAUCUGAGUGCGGCUGAGCUGCGUCAGCAGUAUGGCCUAUGCGAGGGCGACUGGACGCACAUCAUCAAGCCCAUGCAGGUUCAAGAAAUUGACUCUGGCCAGGACGCCAGCGAAGCCCAUCAGAAACAAGCCAAAGUAUUACCCGAAUCUCCUUUUGCGGAGGAAACGUGCAUAGGAAGCGAAAUAUGUGGAAAGGAAACUACUCCACACCCAAUUCUAGUCCAAAACAGCCUGCCAACUGAGAUAACCAAACAGGAAUUCAUUGACAUCGGUCCCAUUCUGUUAGACAAGAGCACGAAUCAACUGGACAUGGACGACGUGCUAGUUGCCAUUCCUGAAGAGGAGCUUUCCGAAUCACGCGGGGAAAGCACAGCGUCUCCAAUAUCCCAGGAGCAGGAUGUCAAGCCAGAAAUGGUGGACAGCUUUGAGGAAUUCCUUGCCGACGGAAGCCAGCAAAUGAAUCUCUCCACUUUGACAUCCGCGCCAGAUGCCCCAGACUCCAGUGCUGAAGAAAAGGCCAAACGUGGUCGCAUGAAUUGCGAGAGAUGUGGCAAGGCAUACAGGAAUCGCGCCUCCUACGAGAAGCAUUUGGAACGUGCGUGUCGCAGGAUCGAGCGGCGGGUGAAAGUGGAGAAGACAACAACCACCUGUGAUAUCUGCGACAAGACCCUGUCCUCCGCCACCGCCCUAAAGCACCACAUAGAGGGUAUACACCAGAAUGUUAAGCCAUAUAUAUGCGAUGGUUGCGGCAAACAAUUGAAGACCAUUACAGCCCUAAAUGAGCACAAGGUAGUGCACACGGACAAUCGCCCCUUCGAGUGCACCGUUUGCAAGGCGUGCUUCAAGAACCGGGCUCGCCUGAAGGCGCACUACCAAAUCCAUGCCGAGCCCAAUUUUGUUUGCAACAUUUGCGGCAAGAAGUUGCAAACGCGGCGCACCUGGAACAUGCACAAGCUGGUGCACAGCGAGGAGCGGCGCCUGAAAUGCGAUGUCUGCGGGGCGCUCUUCAAGCGCUCGAAGACCCUCAAGACCCACCUGCUCAGCCACACGGGACUGCGACCUUACAUAUGCGACUACUGCGGCAAGUCCUUCGCCUGCAACGCCAACUGCCGCUCGCACAAGCUCAAAAAGCAUCCGCAGGAAGUUCAGCAAGAGGAUGGCGCCAAGAUCUCCUCGCGCUUGAAUGUUCCCACGCUAGAAGAGCUUCGUGUUAUGACCCAAAAACUACCGAAAGGAACCGACCAAGAUGGUUAACUUUAAGAAACAAAAAACAAAUUGUUUAUGUUUACAUUAACCGAAUCUUAUUAUAAGAUCAAAACAAUAAUUUAUAAUAAGGAUCAUAAACAAACUAAAGGAA